GAAUAUAUGUAUUAAAUCAAAAUAAAUUCAAUAAUACAAUUAGAAUAAUUACUUAUGUUCAUACGGAUAAAUAUAUAAAUGGAUUUCUCUGUCUAUCACCAAUGUGAGAUUAGUUUCGUUGGUAAAGCAAAGGAAUUAUAUAUAGGUUACACGAUAGAUAUCCUAUCUCUUUUAGUACGGAUAAAAAUAUAAUAGAUAAACUACGAAGACAUUGUUGGUCGGCAAAGAUUAGUAAAUCAUUCUCACUAUUGUCUUUAUUAAAUCAUCAACGUGUAAGGCUUGAUCAAACUAAACUUUGUUCUUUGUUUUCCUAUGUAUAAUAAUAAUAAUAAUUCUAAUUGUAUUUGAUAUAUAUAUAUAUAUAUAUAUACACCGGGAAUCAACGUAACCAUAUAUACACACACGAACACACAUAUCUAAAGUGUAUCUACACAAAUAAGAAAAGGAAAGGAAAGAAGAGAGAGAGAGAGAGGGAGAGGGAGAGAAAAGGAGAGAGAGAGAGAGAGAGAGAGAGAGAGAGAGAGAGUGAUUAAAUUCCAAUAUUUCAUAAAAUAUAUAUAUAUAUAUAUAUAUAUAUAUAUAUAUAUACAUAUAUAUAUAAAAUAUUGAUAUAACAUGAAAUUUCAAGUUUGGUACGCGAUUCUCUUAAUGGCAAUCGCAAUGAUCAAAGCCGAGAUAGACGUAAGUAGAGAUAAUGUAUUCGAUAAUAAAGAUUUGGGAUAUAUUGUGAAGAAGGAAAGUUUCGGAAAUCAAGGACGUUCUUUAAAUGACGACGAUGACGAUGAUGAUGAUGAUGAUGAUAAGAAUUUGUCAGAAAACGAAAAAUUUAUUGAAAUUAAUGAAAUUGAUAAAUCAAUCGAAAAGCACUUCACCAUCAUAACCUCCAACUUGAACAGUACUGAUAAUAGUACUGUCAAAAUUGACACCACAAGUACCGUUAAAACCACCACCUCAACUACUGUGGAAAAUACUACCACAACUAUUGUGAAAAAUACUACCCCACCUACUGUGGAAAAUACUACCACAACUAUUGUGAAAAAUACUACCCCACCUACUGUGGAAAAUAUUACCACAACUAUUGUGGAAAAAACUACCUCAAGUACUGGCGAAAACACUAGCUCAACUAUUGACAAAAAUAAUGAAAGCACAUCAUCAGAAAUAUCAGUAUCAACCAUUGCAAGUUUGGAGGAUUAUCCAUAUCAAGUUCAUGGAGAAAAAGGAACAUGUAUAUUGUCGAAGAUGACGAUUUCAUUAACUGUGACGUACAACAACACAGAGAUGGAGGCUACUAAUAAAAUCUUGAACCCAUCGUCUUCUUAUAUAACGACCGAUGGUUAUUGCAGUGAGCCAUAUUCUGCUAUGCAAUUAACUUGGCCGUACGAAGACCUUGAAUCUAAAGGAAAUCUUAAUUUGACAAUGGCAAAAAUGAACAAUAUUACUUUUAGCUUGAAGAAAGACGAUGAAGAUUCUAAAUUUUCAGUUUUUCAAAUACUCGUAUCGAUACGUUUAGAUCCAUUUAAUUUUCCGGAUGCAUUAGAAGCAGACAUAUUGCAGACAACCGACUCGAAUUUAAUGUUAUUUAAAGCUUCUGCUAUUGAUGGUAAAUACAAAUGCAAUAUUCCAAUUGUUGUUAGAACAGAAUCGGUUGAAAUAACGUUGACCGACGUUGAAUUAAUAGCUUUCAAUACGGAUGACAAUAUUUCAUCGAGAUACGAGGAGAACUGUAUUCAAAAUAUUGAUGAAACUGUGAACAUAGGAAAUAUUGUUGGAAUAAUCAGUGUACUUAUCAUUGCUAAAAUAGCUAUUUGUUUCGUUGGAUAUAUGAUAUGGCGACGAUAAAGAAAUACGAUCGCUUUUAUGGACAUUUUUUUUUAAAAAGGGAAAAUAAAAAGAAAA